AUGUGUGGACACGUCAGCACCUCCGUAGUCCUCGACGAUGCAUGUCCAUGUUUUAUAUACUCCGACGACAUAGUGGCUCCUCCUCUGCCCCAAGAUCUUCGUCAUCAGUUUCUUCCUUCGCCGCCUCUUAUGAUGAGCCACCACUCGCUAUUCGGGGCCGAGGCGGUUUCAGGGUUUGGUUACUUUGACUCAGGCAUGAGCGGUGGCGGCGCAAGCAGCAGCUGUGAGUCCCCGAGCUCUAUGGGGAGCGGCGGAGAGAGUCUUAUGAUGCAGAGGAGUGUCAGUAGCCAUAAUGGCUUUUAUGGUAAUUUCGCGACGACGGCUCACGAUUUCGUUAGCGAUCAUGAUGGGCCAGCGAGACGGGCCCUUAGCGCCGGAGAUCUACCGAGGAGUAGCAAAAGAGAGAACAAUACGGUGUGGAGUGAGAGCAAUGCAAUCAUAGAAGGAAUGAGCAAAGCCUACAAGUAUAGUCCCGAGGAGAAGAAGGAGAAGAUUGAGAAAUAUCGUAGCAAACGAAACCUUAGGAAUUUCAACAAGAGGAUUAAGUAUGAAUGCAGGAAGACACUAGCGGACAGUAGGCCAAGAAUAAGAGGGCGAUUUGCAAGAAAUGAUGAGAUGUCACAACAAGAACAAGUUGAUGUUAUUGAAGCCGUGGUUGGAGAUGUUGAUACAUGGGCAUCUUUUCUUGAUUCAUUCUCCUCUAAUCACUUCCUUAAUUAA